AUGGCAGCUAACACAAGCACAGAACAGUCGGCUACGCUGCGACAAAUAGCUCAAGAUGCGCCUGACUACAAGGGAUAUCUACCACUAGACGAAAACCGCCAGGAGAUACGUGUUCUAUAUCUGGAGGACAACUCGACUUGCACGAUUCGACAUGUCAGCCUUCUUGAUAGUCCAGUCUACUACGCGUUAUCGUACUGCUGGGGCCCUCCAACAACCAGCAGAGAACUGACCAUCAAGUCUGCUGAGCACAGUGUCGCGUCUCAGGUGGUUCCUGUUCGCACUCUGGUUGCGGAAUUCUUGAAGUCACUCUACAAGCAGUACGGCUCAAUAACAAUCUGGCUCGAUGUCAUCUGUAUCAAUCAGCGCUCGUUCGAAGAGCAAAAUGCGCAAGUUGCGCUGAUGGGCGGCAUCUACAAACGCGCCAAAGCCGUCUACGCGUGGAUGGGGGCCAUUCCGCAUCCGCAUCCGUACCUCGACUGGCUCAGUAAACUCAGAUUCUACAAUCCAUCAGAGGACUCGCAGAAAAUGAAAGCCGCUUUCGAAACUUUAUUCAAUCGCGAGUACUGGUCGAGAGUCUGGAUUAUACAAGAGUGUGCCCUGAACAGAGAGCUCUUCCUUAUAUGCGAUAGUCUUUCAUUGGAUUGGGGGCAGAUCCAGCGUGCUGGCAAUUGCUAUCCACUCGACCGGGACCCCACAUCCACCGAAUAUCAGUAUUUCCAGCGUUUUAACAACAUUCGAGAUGUGCGGGAUGACGUUCAAAAGGGUAAGUUGCCUAGUCUCGUCGGCCUAGUCCUGCAAUUCGAGCACUCGCGCUGCGGCGAUCCCCUUGACAAAGUCUACGGAAUUCGUGCACUGGCCCGUGACGGCCACAGUAUACCAAUCGAUUAUAAGCGCAGUCUGUACGAUCUUUUUUUCACCCUUGUCUCCAUGAGGACCAGAAAUUGGAGCGAGAAAUUUGAAGAUGGCGGAGGUGAACUCUCAAGAUUGCUGGAUCUUGGGCGUGCAUUGGUAUACUGCUUGUUCGAUAAAUCGAAAGAUGAUGGGGCGAACGACAAUGAAGCGGAGAACUAUGGAGCGGGAGAUCAUCAAGCGCGAGACGAUGAGGCGCAAGUCGUGUUGAACGCUUUACAAGACCAGCGGACAGACUGUCUCAUGUUUCCAGUCAGCACAUUUGGCAACGAAGCGCUCUUCCGAAGUCGGACUUUGCCAGCACCAUGGAAGGACCUACAGGACACACUCACCGCUAAGAUAUUUUGGACUGGGAGGGACACGCAUUCACGUCGUUCACGAGUAGCGGCCGACUUACUCAUCAGCAAUUCCGGCCAUAUUCUGGAUAUAUUCCUACUAGGACGAAACUCUCAAACCGACUUUGACCUUCAGUGGAAGUUGGUUGACGGCCUGAAACAGCAUGUCUGGGUAUGCAAUAUCAAUCAGGCCGUGCAUUUUUCGAGACGGCUGUACGCCUUGUUGCUUGUGACCCUGGGAAGGACCAAGCUCGGCACGUCCUGGGAUCGGAUUCUCAAGGAUCCGGCGGGACUGGCGCGGUCACUUCCUACAAGAGAUCCAACACUUGACUGCGGAUGCGAGCCUACUGUGCUCACAGUCGAACCAUCUCCCUGGCCCUAUCUUGGUAGAGAACAGGCAUCGCACGCGCCCGCAUUCGAGCCUGUGCCUUGGGAAGGCCCCCCUUGGGACCACCUCGUCCCACCCUGA